AUGGAGGAGCCUCCAGACGAAUCCUUGAACCAUGAAAACACAGCCCAAACCUCAGAUAACCAGAAGACCAAGACAGAAGGAGCAGGCCAGGCCCUUCACAAAGGUUCUGAUCAUGCUGGUGUUGGAUCAUCUGAGCCAAGUGGUGACAAGGUAUCCGGCCAAGCUGCUAAUGCAGGUUCCAGACAGACUGACAGGAGAACUUCUGAAGAGGCAGAACAAAGAUUGCCUGGCCAUGCAGAGAGGAAGGCAUCACAGCAGGCGGAGCGCAGACUAUCAGAGAGAAGAACUUCACAGCAACGUCCUAGCCUCUCAGAGGGGAGAGCCUUUGGGAAGAUAGAUGGCCAAGCAUCUUUGCCAUCUGGUAGGAAAGCUUCUGAUCAGGCUGGCCAAGAAACUUCGGAACAGGAUGACCUGAUUUCAUCAGACGAUGCUGACUAUUUAUCAGGAAAGGGUCAACGACAAGUGAACAGCCAAGCUGGUUACUGGACCGAAGACUCUCGUAACCAACAGAGGCUUAGUCAGGAGAUAGAAAAGGAAUAUACCCAAGUUAGACAUACAGAAAAACAGGCUGGCUACCGCUCAUACUAUAAGACACUUGCGCACAUUGAGAGCCGAUCAUUAACUGAUAUCCAUGACACUAGAGAAGCUGACCACAGAGUGCAGCCUUGCACAUUUGAAGAAAGUGAGACAGAGCUCCGAUCCAAGGUUUCAACUACAGAGGAAACAGAAAGUGCAACCACUCUCCCAACCUACAACCCACAUGAUACGGAAUUAACUACCGACACCCAAUCCUCGCACGAAAAGCUUCCCUCCAUCACAACCAAAGUGUACUAUUCCUCCAGUCCAGAAAAAAUUAAAACCACAGAAUUCAUUUCUGAUGUCACUACAGAAUUUGAGCAAAGAAAAAAUUCUCAAAGAGGCAGUCAAAGUUACAGACGACGAUUCCCUCCAAUCGUCUAUGAUGACCCUUAUCAGAUCGCACUCUGCUACAUGGAAAAGCACAACAUUCUUCAGGUAUUCCAGCAGAUCACUGAAAACCUAGUCUAUGAAAUGCCAGACGACCCGCUGCGUUUCAUGCUAGACCAGAAAGUAGAAGUGAGAACCAUAAGUUUGGAAAGCACCUGCACCGUCUCCUGGAUAAUCGUGGGAAAACGGUGCCGAGAACUGGACUCGGGUCCUCUGAAAGCCCAGCGCUCACUCUUCACUGCCGAGCCCUCUCUCCAACACCAAGACAAGCACAGCUUUCUAAGUUACUAUUUGAAAAAAGUCAGGAAGAGGCAGCAAGCUCGGAAAACCUUUGCCUAUCGAUGCAAUCCUUUCUCACGCUGCCAACCCGCGGGCCACCCUCUCAGCAGCAUUUUCUACCUCGCCACCAUCUAG